UCUUCCACACGGGGCAGACUGUGUCGACGCUUCCCCAUCGUCAGUAAUCUCACAGAAAGGAAAAACAAACAAAACAAAGAUAAAGAGCCUCAUCCUAUCCUAGGUUCCCCUUUUUCUUCCCUCCUCCCUCAUCCACCGUUCCAUCUCAACCGUAAUAUUCUUUGAGCGUUUUCGCGUAUCAAACCAACUUAACAUUGGAGUUUCUCAACGCCAAGACAACUUCUCCUCGCCCAGAUUUUCAGCAGAACAAGGGUCGCGGGACUAGGAUGCUCGGCCGACAUGGCGGGUUGGGCGCUUGUGUCGUGGCGGGGAUGGCCACACUUGUGCUGCUGACAACUUCCACCGCUGCUCAUGACUACUACCUCGACGACCAGGACGAUACUUCACGCCUCCUCGAUGUGCUACAAUACUACGACACAGAACCCAACUAUGUAUAUGACUACGGCAAGCACAAUACCUACGGCUUCGGCUUGGGCAAGCGGGCACCGAGCUAUGGAUUUGGCUUGGGCAAGCGUGAUGGCAUGUACUCCUAUGGCCUCGGAGACAGACCGGAUAUAUACUCCUUCGGGCUAGGAAAGAGAGCGGAUAUGUACUCCUUCGGACUAGGAAAGAAAGCAGACCAAUACUCCUUCGGGCUGGGAAAGAAAUCGGGAAAUUACAACUUUGGUCUUGGCAAGAGAAGCGUCGCCAAUGUUUUCUCAGUCCCAGAGGACUCGAAGUCGGAGGACGAGGCACCAACGGCUAGGACGAAGAGAGAAGCUAGCGCUGCUGAAGACAGCCAGGAAGACAAAAGGUCCAAACUUUACGACUUCGGUGUAGGGAAAGAAGAUCCCGAAGAGGACAAACGAAACCGCCAAUACUCUUUCGGUCUCGGCAAGAGAGAACACAAUGACGAUGAAAAGAGAUCCCGUCAGUACUCCUUUGGCCUUGGGAAACGUGAACCUGAUAUGGACCUGGACAAAAGGCCUAGGAACUAUGCCUUUGGACUUGGAAAACGUGAUCCUGACUUAGAUCUGGACAAAAGACCCAGGAACUAUGCUUUUGGCCUUGGGAAACGUGAACCUGAUAUGGACCUCUACAAAAGACCUAGGAACUAUGCCUUUGGCCUUGGAAAACGCACCUCCGACGAGGAAGAAGACGAUGAUGAUGAGCAAUAUUAUCCAUACGGGCUCAGAAAGAGACCCAGAAUUUACAGCUUCGGUCUUGGCAAACGCAGCCUUGGGGUCGCGGACGAUUACGACGAACUUAACGACGAGGAGGAGGAUGAAGAACUAGGGGACUUUGAACAGUAUGGUGAGGACCUCAAGAGGACUGCUUCUUACGGAUUUGGUCUGGGCAAGAGAGGCAACGUGCUCAGUAAUGGAUUCGGCAGAAGGUCGUACGACUUUGGCCUUGGAAAGAGAGCUGCAGGACAAUAUGCUUUUGGCCUAGGCAAAAAAGCUAACCCAUAUUCCUUCGGUCUAGGAAAGAGGGCCGGGCCUUAUGCCUUUGGCCUUGGGAAAAGAGGUGGACCUUAUGCUUUUGGUCUGGGAAAGAGGGCUGGGCCUUAUGCCUUUGGCCUUGGGAAGAGAAGUGGACCUUAUGCAUUUGGCUUGGGAAAGAGAGCUGGUCCUUACGCCUUUGGUCUAGGUAAAAAAGUUGACCCAUACGCCUUCGGUCUUGGUAAGCGAUCUGGUCAGUAUGCAUUUGGGUUGGGUAAGAAGUCUGGACAAUACUCCUUUGGUCUUGGCAAGCGGUCUGGUCCAUACUCCUUUGAUCUUGGCAAGAAUGUCGACUACGACUCUUCAGAUGCAUACACCCUUGGGAGGCGCUCGGGGACUUACUCCUUCGGCCUUGGCAAGAGGGCUGGUCCUUACAACUUUGGCCUUGGGAAACGUGAAGCCAGUGACGAUGCUCACCAAGAGGAAAAUCGUGAACCUGUAGCGGAACAAGCGUCAUCCUAGGUCCCUCUCCAGGGUGUUCUACGCUUCUUAGACAAUAAAAUUAUUCCCAUCUUAACUCCCUGAUGAGACCGAAUUCUAAAACAUGUCUUUGGGCAAGAAAUCCUACCUAUAUAUACCUAUAUACCUCCUGGUGUUACCUGGCUAACUAGGCUGUGUUAUGCAAGCGGCUAAGCUAUACACAGUUUAGUCAUUGUCUAGAGAUAUUUUGUUCUCAGCAAGAUGUUCUGUCCCUUUAAAUAUAUGGCUGGAUUUAGGUUAAAUAAAUGUGUCAGUUGACUAAAUGGCGGUAAGACUCUCAACUUGCUUUUGAAUUCGGUCUUGCAUUCCCACCCUCUAAGGUAAAUAAUAAACACAUAGACUCUAGCUUCAUUUCUCUUAUUUCCUACAUCUUGCAAAAUUGAGAUAAAACGUUUAGGUCAGCUAUCGCCAGUACAAUCCCGAACAUUAACACCACGGAGUGUUGCCUACAUUUUAUAGGGAGAUGUGUGGUUUAACUUAUAAACUUUGUAGUCAAUAUAUAAUAUACUAUUAAACGUGUGGCAGUGCAGGGGAUGAUGGACAAGACAACUAUUAUAAAGUCAUUGCGACUCCUUUCUUGGCUAGGAGAAUAAUGUGACUUACUAAUACCUCAGUGGCUAUGAUCUCAUUAAGGCUAGGCUAUAUUUAUAUACAUAGAUUUAAAUAUAUAUUUUAUUUUUCAUUAGUAUUAGGUUUAAGAUAAAUGAUGCUAAAGAUAUUAUUAUAACUAUUUUAAUUACACAAAUAAAUAAAUCAUUAUAUUUCUCCUAUCUAUAAUUUCAGUCAUGCUUUGGUCUAUGCGUUAAUGCUGGUGGUCGUAAUAUUGGAAGCUACACAUAUCUCACUACAAGAUUCAGGGCACAUGUAUUCACAGACUUCAAUUGACGUAAUAUUUAUAGAUAUUUUCUUAAAUGCCUUUCAGAUUAAGAGUCACAUUAACUAGGAGUCAAAUAACGGUUUAAAGAAAGGAUUACUGACGAGGCUGUCGUAUUUCUGUUAAUGACCAUGAACUUAAGCAUAAUGAAACUGAUCAGUCAUCUUGAGAUCACUGAAGACUGAUCUCGAAACUGAUAUUUUCUUCGGUGUGCAUUUAAUGGAUACAUUUACAUAAUAAGGAGUGCAGGUGUUUCCAAGGCUCAGGUUGUCAACAAGACUGCAACCUAGCAAGUAAGGCAGUCUGUAUAAUCUCACACAGAACGAUUUAAAGUUUCAGCUUCUACCUAUUAUAACUUGUCCAAAUCCCAUAUAAGACAUUUUUAAAUUUUGGUACCGGAGUGCUUCCGAGAAGAUAUACAAUUAAAAAAAAAAAAGCUUUGAAUAGCAGGGUCACACUAUAUCUGUAUUUGAAGUGUGCACGACUGAGUCCGUUCCUUGUGUGGCUCAAGUCAUCCCAUUGCUGUGAGGCUGAACAUGUAGUAUUAUGCUCUGUAACUAUCGAAUGUAUAUCAAAAUAAGAUUUUGAAGCUA